AUGGAAGACAACAGCCGGGGUGAAAGUUUAUGCAAAGUUUGCGGCGACAAAGCAUCUGGAAAGCAUUAUGGAGUACCAAGUUGCGACGGAUGUCGUGGAUUCUUCAAGCGGUCGAUCCGCAGGUAUGCAAGGAAUCUGGACUACGUUUGCAAGGAAAAUGGUCGCUGUAUCGUGGACGUUUCACGUCGCAAUCAGUGCCAGGCAUGUCGUUUCACCAAAUGCCUUCAGGUCAACAUGAAACGAGAUGGUACGCUUCGUUUCAAUGCCGUUCAGCAUGAAAGAGCUCCACGGAAUACAUCAUCUUUGGUCACGGCUGCAAGGAGAGGUCCUUCAGGAUUGUAUCCAGGAAUUCCUCACGUUUACCAUGCCGCGAGCAACCCUUAUCAUCCCCUUUUAUAUCCUGCGUUGUUCCCUUUUAAGCCGACAGUGUCAGCCUUUACGCCAUCAGUCGCACACUUUUUGCCACGAUCACCAACAGAAUCAUUGACAGUGACUCCAGCUAAAGAAGAUGAAGUGACGAGUUCCGAGGAAGCUGGAACUAUUGAUACAAGAAUUGAACCAAAAGAGGAAUUAACGAGUAGCCGCUUAGCACCACCGACCAUCAACUCUGUGUCCUCAGAAUACGUGCCCAACUUUUCCAUUCUACCUACAGAGAAUAUUUACGAAUUUGCAGCAAAAUUGCUCUUCUUUGCUGUCAGAUGGGCGAGAAGUAUUCACUCAUUUCUACAACUACCCUACAGAGACCAAACUAUUCUCCUGGAGGAAUCUUGGAGCGAGCUUUUCGUCCUGACGGCCGCUCAAUGGAACUUCCCCGUCGAAGAGACAGUUUUAGUACCUAAUGAUCUAUUACCUGAAAGGAAAGAAGUGCUUGUUGACGAAGUGAGAAGGCUGAGAGAACUGUUAGCGAAAUGUACCCUUCUCAGAGUUGAUCAUUCAGAGUAUGCUUGCCUAAAAGCUAUAGUUCUCUUCAAAGGAGAAUCACGAGGACUCUGCGAGCCAGGAAGAGUAACAGCAUUGCAAGAACAAACGGUUGCUGUAUUCUGCGAAAGAGAUGCACGCAGGGUUGGACGACUUUUACUGCUGUUACCCCCAGCUCGCGCACUCUGUCGAUCAACCCUGCAAGAAUUGUUAUUCAAACCAACAGUAGGGGACGUUAGCGUGGAACGGUUACUGGGAGACAUGGUUAGUGCCCUCAGACCGACAUAA